AUGCUUCGUCAAGUUACUAUUGCGCUGGUCGCAAGCAUUCUUCUUGCUAUUUUUGUAGUGGAUCGUGUGGAUGCAGCUGCGCUGUCCACACGGGUGCCUUCGCAGAAGGAAGCAUGCUUCUAUACAUGGGUCGACCAACAAUACGAAAAGGUGGGCUUUUACUUUGCCGUGCAAGAGGGCGGUAAUUUUGAUAUCGACUACUCUGUCGUAUCACCAUCUGAACGCAUUAUUUUGGAAGGAACCAAGUCUUCACAAGAGGACUUUGUGUUCACGGGCAAUGAAAUGGGAGAAUACCGGUUUUGCUUCCAUAACCAGCACAGUUCACAUGGCGAGAAACUCAUCGACUUCGACAUCACCGUUGAGUCUGAGCCGCGCUUGGAGCUCCCACUCUCGAAGGCGAAGCUCCUUCGUGAGCAAUCCACGCCCGUGGAGGACUCUAUGUCCAACAUUGACUCUGACUUGACGGCCAUUGAGCGCACCCUGCGAUACUUCCGCAUGCGCGAGAACCAAGGAUAUUCACUUGUCGAGCUUACUCGGUAUGUCUGA